CAUCAGCGUGAUUAGUACAGAAGAUUUUUAUCCGAUAGUCUAUAGGCUGUCCGAAAGAGAACCAUGUUCAUGUGUCUCACCCUGGCCGUGUCCCUUCUAUAUCUGACCGCCACCCAAGCCUGGCUGUACGACGGGACGACUCCGAUCGACUGUUUGGAAACAUGGAGUGACUGGGAAUGUGGUCCUAAUUUUAAGGAAUUCCGAAGGGCCAUCAUUCAUCGCCCCCCAUCCGUCGAUGGCGCUCCUUGUAGCAGUACGACAUACGAGACAAGGGACAUCAGUUGUGUCCCGACAAUAGGCGAAAUACGUCAGGCGAUGGAGCGCUAUUUCUUGACAAACAACGCUGGUUCGAACACGCGGGCAGGCGAAGAAGCUAAACCUCGCUCGCCUCGAUCAGGCCUUGUGACAAAUCGUGACCUUCUGAUUAUUUUUGAUAUGUCAGAAAGUAGUUCAAAUGCUUUUGACAUUGUAAAGAAUGCUACUACAGAGCUUCUGUCUUUGCUUGGUCCUGAAGGACAGAUAGGUAGUGGUAUGCAAACUCAAGUUGCACUUUUGGCUGCCACUAGUUCUGUCAAUUUACACUUUGUCUUCAAUGGACAUAAUUCGCUGGCAGACUUACAAGCGGCUGUUCAGUAUCUAGGCUACACAGGAGGGGCGAAUCUUGGAAACGAGGUCCGGGCUAUGGAGGUUGCACGAAUACAAAUGUUCAGCACCAACCCGGGUAAAUGGUACGGCUUACGCCCAGACAGCAGGAAGGAGCUACUUCUUAUCACCGAUGGACAACCUACGGGUGCCAGUGAAGUUGAGAGCGAAGCCCAACAAUUAAAGAACAUGGGGGUCGAGGUGUUUGCUUUCGGAAUCAACGAGAACGGUGACAUCGACUAUGAUCACCUUGAGCGAGUUGCUAGCUCACCAGGAUUUAUGCAUGACUUUCGCAUCACUGAUGCAAAUGAGCUAACAGAGAUCCUAGGCCAGAUGCGGCAUUAA